AUGAAGAACAAGCGCAUCAAGUCGUACCGCCGCGCGAUGCAGCUCUACCAGAGCUCGUUUGGCUUCCGUGAGCCAUACCAGUUACUUGUCGACGCCGCCUUUCUGCAGUCAUGCGUCAAGCAGAAGAUGGAUAUUAUGGCUCGCUUGCAUGACGUCUUGCAGGGAGCGGUCAAGCCGAUGAUCACCCAAUGUUGCAUUCAGGCGCUUUACGAUGCGGGUGCAGAGGCGCAGGCGGCGGUUGAUGCGGCGAAGGGUUUCGAGCGACGAAAGUGCAACCACUUCAAAGCGAGGCCAGAGGACGAGUGCAUGCUGGCAAUGGCGGGAACCGAGAACAAGAACCGCUACGUCUUCGCUACGCAGUCCCUCCCUCUUCGAGAAUCGCUCCGCGCCGUCCCGGGCUCGCCAAUCAUCUACAUCGCACGGAGUGUCAUGCUGCUAGAGUCGCCGUCGAAUCAGACGCUAGCGAAAAAGCGAAGGAUGGAGGAGAGCAAGCUGCACGUUUCCGCCGAAGAGCUCGCGGUCAUUACCGGCAAACCCCUUCCUUCCGCCGACCCCGUCGCUGCGACGUCUGCCCCUCCCGCCGAUCCCUCUGCCGCCGCUUCCGAGGGUGCAGCAGAGCCGCCGAAGAAGAAGAAGCGGAAAGGACCGAGCGGACCGAACCCGCUCAGCGUCAAGAAGAAGAAGGCGAAGCCGGCUGAUCCGAGUGCGGGACGGCGGCCGAGCAAGCGCGAGCGUGAGGAGGAUGGUGGCGACUUGAGAGAGCAGAAAAGGCAGAGGGAGGAGGACGGGAAGGUGGUCAGCUUGGCGGCGCGAGGCGACGGAGGCGAGAAGAAGAAGCGGAGACGGCGACGAAAGGGUGCCACGACUGGAGCUGAUGGAGAAGGCGGGAAUGCAGGAGAAGGAGGCGCGGGCUCGGGAGGAGAGGCCUGA